AUGAUUUUUACGGCCUCUCUUGCCCCGACGACAAGCCUUUCUGCUGCGGCACCGGACAGACGGUGCGCCGCAAACGAGAGCGCAUGCAGCUGCCAAUCCCACACAGAAUGUCCAUCUGGGUAUUGUUGUACUGGAGAUUACGGCAAGGUUAUAACCGGUCAUUGCACAGACUCGCCCUUCGACAGCAGCGGUGCGCAGGUUUGUCCAGACUGUUACUAUUACAAUGGGAUCUCCUGCCCGGCCGCCAAGAGGAGUUGUUGUAGCGUAACUGGAGCGUGUGUCGAUGAUGUGGCGGCCUGCCCCUGUUACUACAGCCAGUACUACUGCCCGUCGGGUUGUUGCACGGUCUACGACUACAAUUACAACUCCAUUGGACACUGCUCGGCCACGGGCUUCUUCAGCAACGGCACCCAAGAAUGCCCGAACUGUAACGACUUCAGAAACGGGAUCAGCUGCCCGGCCAACAAGAAGGUGUGCUGCCCAAACGGGCAGUGCGCGGCGAGCAGUGCUGCCUGCACCUGCCAGGGUUCUAGUUUCUGUCCCGUCGGCUACUGCUGCACGGAAGAUUACUCCGGCAGACUGGGGAAAUGCACGAGCGCGCCCUUCAACAGUAACGGCAAGCAGGUGUGUCCAAACUGCAACAAUUGGAACGGUGCCAACAACGGGGUGUAUAGCCCCGCCGACAAAGGAACGUGCUGCUCAUCGGGGGAGUGUGUCGCGUCACAAACCUCCUGCCCAUCAUAG